CGGUAUAUCGCUUUUAGUUUCGAUUCGUAUUGAUGACGCUAGUGGGUAGUGUGGACAUACAGUGUGUGUAAGUUGUUGAGAACGAACCCGGAGACUGUGUUGGUGGACUCUCACGGGAUUGGCCCGUCGCCUGGCUGGUGUUUGUCGAGCCUGCGCAUAAACUACUGCGCAUCAUUUUAAACGGGAGCUUCGAUCUGCCAUAUUGGGUUCUUUCUCAAACUAUUGCUUUACAUCCUCGUCUCUUACACAACGCCCUCACACGUAUGAUCGAGGUAAGCGGAUAGUAGUGAAUUAUUUUAUACACAAGAUUUGAGGUCCUCAAGGCUUUUGUGGCGCCGCACGUUUUUUCUUUUUACACCACACUAUCAAAUGAAUACUCUGCAAGCCAUUUAAUAUUUAUUUGUUAAUUAAUAAUCAGUACUUGCAGAAGUCGGUUACGUGGUUUUACUGAAACAGUGAAUAUUAAUAACAAUCUGAUAUCGUGAUUUGUAAACGCUGAUUGAUGGUUUCACAAUGACGAGCAACGUGACCACGAUAAAACUUGAAGAUGGCCAGGAGUCGGUCACUGAAAUACAGACUUAUUUGGAAACUUUUAAUAAGGAAAUUGAAGGUGGACAGGGAGAACAAUUGCAACAUGUUCAACUUCAACAAGUUGAAGGCCUGUCGGGUGGAGAUGACGGCGGCACUUAUUUCGUUGACCAAACCGGACAAUAUUACUACCAGGCGAAUAGCGACGAGGCUCCAGUGAUGACCCAGGUACAGAUUCAGGAAGUUGAGGAAGUUGAUCAGAACGACGGCGAAGCUCAAGAGGAACAGUACCACGAGGUAGAAGAGCUUGAGAACAUUGAGUCCGAGGACAACGAGGCCCAAGUAAACAGCGGCGGCGAAAAUGUCGUGUUAAAUUCAAAUGACGCAUAUCAAACGGUGACAAUAGUACCGUCGGAUACGAAUCCUGGUGAAGUUAGCUAUGUAUUAAUUGUACAGCAACCGGAGAAUGAGGACAAGGAACGUGGGGAGGGUGCCGAAGGCGAGGAAGGAGAGCAGGAUCUUACGGUAUUCGAUUUUGAGGAUAAUGAAGAGAAUGAUGCGGGUACUGAGUAUGAGGCUGAUGAUGAUAAAACUAAAAUAAUGAAAUAUUUACCGAAAAAAUCACAGACUGUAACGCAAGCGCAUAUGUGUAAUUAUUGUAAUUACACGAGUCCGAAACGUUAUUUAUUGUCGCGGCAUAUGAAGUCGCAUUCAGAAGAACGUCCUCACAAGUGUAGUGUCUGUGAGAGGGGAUUUAAAACACUUGCGUCAUUACAGAAUCACGUCAAUACUCACACUGGUACUAAACCACAUCAUUGUAAAUUUUGCGAGAGUGCAUUUACCACAUCGGGUGAGCUCGUAAGGCACGUACGGUAUCGUCAUACUCAUGAGAAACCGCAUAAAUGUCACGAGUGUGAUUAUGCAUCUGUUGAAUUGUCGAAAUUAAAACGACAUAUAAGAUGUCACACUGGUGAACGUCCUUAUCAGUGUCCACAUUGCACAUAUGCAAGUCCAGAUACAUUCAAACUUAAACGUCAUUUGCGUAUUCAUACUGGUGAAAAACCAUAUGAAUGUGAUAUAUGCCAAGCAAGAUUUACUCAAUCCAACAGUUUGAAAGCUCAUAAACUUGUUCAUAAUGUUGGAGAUAAACCAGUUUUUCAAUGUGAACUCUGUCCAACGACUUGCGGGCGUAAAACAGACCUAAGAAUUCACGUACAAAAGCUCCACACAUCCGACAAGCCGCUUAAAUGUAAAAGAUGUGGAAAAACAUUCCCCGACAGAUAUAGUUACAAACUUCACAGCAAAACCCACGAAGGAGAAAAAUGUUACAAGUGUGAUCUCUGUCCGUAUGCAUCAAUAUCAGCUCGGCAUCUUGAAAGUCACAUGUUGAUUCACACCGACCAGAAACCCUAUCAAUGUGAUCACUGUUAUCAGUCAUUCAGACAAAAGCAGCUGCUGAAACGACACUGCAAUCUUUAUCACAACCCUUCGUACGUCCCGCCACCACCACAGGAGAAAACUCACCAGUGUCCAGAGUGCGAGCGGGCAUUCAGGCAUAAGGGAAAUCUCAUUCGCCAUAUGGCUGUUCAUGAUCCAGAGUCAUCGUUGCAAGAGAAACAGCAGGCUUUGAAAAUGGGCAGGCAGAAGAAGAUACAGAUCAUUGAUGGUCAAAGAGUUGAAGUAAUGACUGGUUACGAUGAUGAAGAAGAAGAAGAAGAGGAUGAAGAAGAAGAAGAAAUGAUGGCUGUUGAAGGCAGUGAUGGACAACAGUAUGUUGUUCUUGAAGUUAUUCAAUUGCCCGAAAAUCACGGAACUGACCAGAUGGCUGUCGUGGCUAAUGAAGAUGGUGAUUUAAUGAUGCAAGAUCCAUUGAGUCAAGAAGCUACAAUAGUAUCAGCUUCCGGUGAACAAGAACAUGAAGAAAUAGAAGAAAUAACAGAUGAUUCGAUGUCACCACAGAAAAAUUCAAAUUCAAAACAACAAAAUGAUUCAAAAUUACGCAAAGAAAUGGAAAAUUGCUUUGGCUUUGAUGAGGAGGAAGAAGGUGAAGAAGAAGAAGAAGUUGACGGGGACAGUGAAAUGCGACUGCUUGAAACAAUUUCGUAAUAAUUAUCUGCCAUACAAUGGCGUAAUGUACCUAUUUAGUAGUUAAAUGUAUUUUUUUUUUUUAUAUAUAUAUAUUUUCUUUCCUUACUUUUUUUUUAUCCUCACAUUGAACUCUCACAGCAAAGUGGGGGAUUAAAGUGAUUGGAAAAUACGACACAAAUAAUGUAUGUGUUCUCAUAUGUAUACACACGUACAUGCAACAUAAAUAUAUAUAUAUAUAUAUAUAUACAUAUAUAUUUACUCAUGCGCACGCACGGUAAAUAGACAUUGUAAGAGACUGUGGAUAUAUUACAGUGUAUAUUAGGUACAUUAAAUUAUUUAUAAUUCGCCUUAAUUCAUUACUUUAUAAUUUUAAAUUAAGAACAAGGCAAAUAAAAUGCAAAUCGUUUCAAAAAAAUUAUACAAUUUCAAAAAAUUAUUAGUUCUGAUUUUUUUAAAUUAAAUUUUAAUUUUUCUCAUGAACACACGAUAAUUACAAAUUAAAAUUAAAUUGUGUACACAAAUUCAUUGAAUUAAUUGAGUAAAAUAUAUUUUUUUUUAACAUGACAGUCAGGAUUCAAAGAAGAAAAAUAAAGUAAUAAAUAAUAAAUAUCAUAAUUGGCAAUGCGAGGCUGCCAUGUAUAUAAAUGUUCCUUAAAUGUUGUCGUAUUGACAUUAAUUAUAUAAGUAAUUAAUUUAAUUUUAUUUGAUUAUAAGUUUGAAAAAAAAAUUACGAGGAAUUAAUUUACUGAUAUUUUUCUUUUUUAAUUAAGAUAAUUCCCUCGAUGUAUGUAACAAAGAUAGUUUUUAAUUAAUAUAUUCAUAUAUAUGUUUACACAUAUAUAUAAAUAUAUAAUAUGGUAUAAUUAAAAAUAAAUAUGUAAUGUACGUGAACAGGGUUCGCGAAGAGUGAAUUCUUUUUACAAUCAGUAAUUUUACAUUAGCACUUAAUUAAUUGUUUAUCACAAUUACAUGUAAUGGUAAUUCAUAAUUAAUGUAACUGACAGUUUAAUUAUUAUACUCGCACUACAUUUAAAAAAAUGUUUUUUUUUUUUUUUUUCUUAUAAAACUUGACAUCACUGAAGUUUUUCUUUAAAUUUAUUUUAUUAGAUCGUAAUUAAGAAUUUAAAAUAAAGUUCUUAAGUAUAGUUGAAUGUUAUUGAAAUAAUUAAAUUAAUAUUUUCACUCUUCUCUUGUGUAACUG